AAGCUGCAGCGGAUGAAGAAACAUCAGUCGCUGGAACCUCCUCGAAUAGCAUACAGACGUUUCCACGUUAGAGAAACAUCUGAAUUCCAUUAAACUUGAAACAGUCUUGUGCAUCAAUUUCCGUGAUACAACCUACAGAUUCAUCCUGUACACCCGUGAAAAGAAACUCGGUACCCUGAAGAGAAACUCGAUAAUCGUAUUCAGCCAACGAAGAUCCAUUUUGUUAAAGCGGUUCUGUAAAAAAAAGGAGGCUUUAGCCAGCGAUUCACCAGAGUGUACCAAGUGCAAACCACGUUGUUGAUCUGAAACAGAGAGAAAAGCAUAAAGCAAGAGAAAGAUCUAAACGUGUUAAUAAUUAAAAGCAGCGUGGAAGAGGAGACGAAAAGGGAAGACCGGCGUGUAAAGAGGACGGUGGGGCAGCACCGUGACUAUGUAAACUACCAGCAAAUACUUUGUGUGAGCGCGUGCGCAUAACGGAGCAACCCGUAGUGACAGCGUUAGAAUAGAGACCGAGAAUAGACAACGUGGACGACGAUUGAUAGGCUUAGUAAAUCGUGGGAAGUUAAGGGUAUUCUCGAAUACCAGAGGAAACUGUAGAACUGGGCUUUCCUUCGAACAAAGACAAAGAAGCUCGCAAACUGGCUCCAGAGGUGAGGAUCAAGCAAAUUGGAAUGAGGGAGGACCUGUUGUCCAUAAUACGGCACACAAGCAGCGAUCAUUUUUCGGAAGAACUUUAGCCGAAGAGUCAACGACAGAAGGGACAAGGAGGAGAACUAGCAUUAGACCGCUAACUGUUUACGAGUAUACCGAUUCCGUAUAAAAUAGAGGGCUCUUGCUAGCUGGGAUAUUCAAGCAGAAAACGUUGCCAGGCUCCCUUUCAUCCUUCCUGUCAUUGAUUCCAUUCUUACCUGUUGGUCGCCCCGUUUUCCCCCCGGAGGAAGAAGCAAAAAAGAAAUCCUCCAAAACAGAUCUGCUUAGCUGGUUAUGCCCUGGGCUGCCGCUUGCCUUGACCUGCUGGCGGCUCCGAUUUUUGGUCAUUGUCCCUCCGUGAGGAACCCUGCAUUGCAAGUCGGCAUCCUCCAAGAGGGAAGCGACAAACCUAUCAUAACACUGGCAGCUAACGCCGAUAAGUUCAGCCUGAGGAACUCCUUGAGUGCCGACACCAUGGCUCCGAGUGCUGAGGAACAGCGCCAAGAACCCGGUAAGGAGAAGAUCGCGGUGAGGGCACCGGGGAUAAUUAAAUCACCACGGAAAUUCGCCGGGGUGGUGAUCGCAAUGUGCGGUUUACCAGGUCGUGGAAAAAGCCAGGUGGCACAGUGCCUGUCGCGCAGGCUCAACUGGAAUGGCGAUUCCGCCAAAGUAAUGAGAGUGAGCGAGUAUAGAAGAAAAAGACUGGAACCAUAUGGAGAAGCAGUGUCCCACGAGCUAUUUCGUCCAGACCAUACGGCGAACGCAGCACUGAGGGCCUUGGCCCAACGGGACGCCAUGCACGAUUGCGCUGCAUGGCUUGCAGCUGGAAAAUCCGUAGCUAUCCUGGACGCCACGCUGGUGACCCGAGCACAGCGAGCCGAGGUAUUCGACUACUUUUCCGGUCAGCUCGGUUACCGUGUCCUUUUCGUCGAGUGCGUCUGCGACGAUCCGGUCGUGCUGGAACGAAAUUACAAGGAGAUAUUGCGGCACAGCACCGAUUACAUUGGUAUGGACCCGGUACGAGCACAAGAGGAUCUCAGGCUGAAGGUAGCUCAUUACGUCCGACAGUACGAACCGAUGGACGAGAAGAAUUACCCGAGGAUCCGUAUCGACACCGCUACCAUGGACAUCGAGACGCACAUGGUUUCGGGUCACAUCGAGACCAGCUUGUUGGGAUACCUUGGAAGCGUCACCCUCGUGCCGCAUACUCUUUACUUCUCUCGGCACGGUGAAAGCGAGUUCAACGUGUUAGGUAAAGUCGGCGGGGACGCCGUGUUGAGCCCGCGUGGCGAGAGAUACGCUCAAGCAUUGGCGACAAAAUUUAACGCGAUGCGUAUUCCGGAUCUUCGAGUAUUGACCAGUCGCCUUCGAAGGACAAUAGCGACAGCUCGAGGAGUGGAGGCGCCGCAGGAACACGUGGCGGCUUUGAACGAGCUCCAUGCCGGAGUUUGCGAGGGUCUUUCGUACGAGGAGAUGCAGGAACACUAUCCACAGGAAUUUGCAUGGCGCGAUCAGGAUAAGUUGCGUUAUCGUUAUCCUUGGGGAGAGAGCUACGUGGACGCAAUGCAUCGCGUCGAACCAGUGAUAGCCGAGCUACAACGAUCCCAUAAUGUCCUGGUGGUGUCCCACCAAGCUGUGCUGCGUUGUAUCAUCGGUUUCUUCCUGGAUAAGAAACCGGAGGAGCUGCCUUAUAUGGAGGUACCUUUGCACACUAUCAUCCGAGUGAGCAGUCAUGGUUACAACUACAAGCUCGAGUUCUUCAAGUUACCCAUCGAGUGCGUGAACACGACUCGGGUGAAGCCGAAGAACUGCAGCGCCGAUAGAACCGCGGACGACGCUUUGAUCACCGUUCCCGCGCAUUUCGACCUACCGGAUCCAUGGAGAAAUCCUGGCAACGGGCCUACCCUGGUGCAACAGCACUGAGGUACCAUUCGAUCCACGAUCAAGUCCAAAAUUCGAUCACUCUUGGGCUGCAAUUUCCGACCAUUUCAAUAGUUACACGUUUCGCUAGAGUCGGUUCGAAUUGGGAACACCUAAGGGGAUGGAUCAAGGAAGUCGAUACGAUAACGAUGGGAUUCGUUUAGAUUAAGAUACAUUUAAGAGUAGAGCAGCAGUACUGGAGAUUCAUGUAUCCAAGUAGAAAGAAAUGAUUUCCGUUCGAUGUGAGUAGUUUUAGAGAAAGCGAUAGGCUCGAAACGCUCUUGUUGGAACACGAAAUUCAACUUUCUUCAAUUUCCCUCCUAUGUUUCGUUCGGCUCCUUUCAUUUCUUAUCUCAUCGUCAAUAUUAUUUUCCUAUUUUUCAUCGAUUAGCAGCAAUUCUCUGAAUCCUGCUGCUUGAGCCCUCUAUGUGUUACGUUUAAGUGAUUUAGUUUAAGCCAUCCUUUUUAGACAUAGACGAAUUUAUCAUUUAGUCGUGUACCUUGUAUCACGUAAUCGUACCUUUACAUAUAAGCGAAUUGACAGGCAACUUUGAAAUACCUUUAACACUUUGACUGCCACGUGAUUUUAAUAUUUUUAAUUAGUCUUACUUUUAGCGAUUCCAUCGGAUACAAUUUGGAAAAUAAUAAUUUUACAAAGUUGACAUUGAAACGUGCAGCCGUCAAAGGGUUAAUCAAAGAAUAUUGCAUAUUCGGAACAACGAGAACACCAAAAACUAUUUCUGAAUAAUGUGUUAGAUGUAGAAUCUAGAUUUAGAUUUUCCUUCUUCCCUAGUCCGUAAAAUCUAUCUAUCCUUAAGAAGUUAACGAAUCAUACAGAAUUGAAACGAUGUUAGAAUUUCAAUAAUAAUGAUAGUUUUAGCACUUUACAAAGUUGCCCGUCGCGUACACCGAUAAUAUUGUUGUUAAUGAAAAAAACAAUAAUUGUAUUUUAGACUACAGAAAUGACGUGAAACGUCCAAUUGAGGUACGUGCAUUUUUUUUAAGCACACGAUCGACGAUAUGUUUAAACAAAUUCGAAUUUUGACAUUGUAUAACGAGGUUGACACUUUUUAGAAGUGUUUUACACCUCCGAUGAAUUUUUAUGUGAGAAACAAUCAACGAAUAAUGUAAUUAUGCGAAUGUAGAGUUUCCAAUGCGAGAGAUGCGUGAUUUCGUCGAUGUGUACUAAUCGCGUUUCGAGUAGAUCAGCUAUCUCGUAGACGAUAUAAACGUGCAUAAUAUUUUUGUUAGGAAUCGAGUGAAGAACCCUCGAUGAUUUAUACCACGUAUAAUAACACGGGGGAUUCACCAACGUAGAAUGUACUGAUCUGGAAAACGAGAAAGACAAAAUGCGCCAAUCGUACGAAGUCUAUAUGUUAGGAAGAAGACAGCGAUUUAUUUUUGAUAGAAGUUAAACGCGUCUGCGUCCCGGAAUUUCGACAGAAAUUAUCUAGUCGGGCGUCAACCCAUUGGCGAAUAUUUUGACAUUCUUUUCUUUUUUUUAU